CCAGGUUUUUUGUUUCAUAAUGUGAACCCCUGUGGAAACGGCAAAUGAUAAUAUGAGUUGACUCUAAACAAAAUUGUGGCAUCAUUUGUACCAUUUUGGGUUAACAAAAUCUACCCAAGUAAAUAAGAUCUUCCUAUUAAGGUCAAAAUGAAGUUUAGGUAGGAGACCCUAAACGAUCCAGGUAUGAAGUCCACUACAACUUACACACUUCCUCCGAUGUCUGCGCCAUCACCACCACUUAUCCCAGGGGCUCCAGGCUUCCAUUUCUCUCACCGAACUUCAGGCCAGUGCUUGGGGAAUAGGGUCCAGAAAAAGCCUUCAAUCCCUGUUCUAAGACAACUUCUUGGGGAAUAUUUCCCACCAACAACUCAGACCAGGACCUCCCACGGAAAAAUCUCUCUCUUCCUUAUUGGCCCAACUGGUAAGUCCCAAUCAAACACUCUUGCUCUGCUGACCAAUGAUGGUCUUUGUUUCUCUCAUCUUCUUCCUCCCUCUCCCCCUUCUCCUUUUUCUUCUUCCUCCUUUCCUUUCUUUCUUUAUUCUUCUUUUUUUUAAAUAUUUACAAACCUCCCCUUGAACUCCUGCACCUGCUUGUUCCCACCAGCCUCUGUAGGAGAGUCCCACCCCUCACCCCCAACUACCUACUGUUAAUCUGGAAUGGACUUUAGAUCUUUGACUGACAUCGGCUCAAGAUAGCAAAUCAGAUCAUUUACAUUGCAUUAUAUAAUUAUAUGAUUGUUCCAAAGGCUCAGAGGCUCUCCUCUCCUGUUUCCCUCCCACUCUCUCUGUCUUUCUUUCUCUCAGGAAUUAGGGUCAAGCCAGGCAGGUGCAGGACUUUAAGCCACCCCAUCCCUUAAUCCUGGCAUUGCUGAGCAAGGGCUUCUAUCUCAGCCUCCCUGAUCCAGCUAGCUGCCAGACCAUAAAUUAGGAUGGCAGAGGAGGAGGGUGGUGUGGACAAGGAGGAUGUGUUCCUGGCUUUUGCCCAGGGUCCUACUCCUCCCAGGGGUACCCUACGUCGGGCCUUGGACAAGGCCUUCUUUAUCUUCCUGGCCAUUUUUCUGACACUGCUGAUGCUGGAGGCUCUUUGUAAGCUGCUAUGUUCUCUACCAUGGGCAAUGUUUGGGGACUGGCUCCUGGGAACACCUCAGAACGAGGAGGAGCUGGAGUUGUGACCACCUUUUCUAUAAACAUCCUCUUACUCUGCUAUGGAGCUCCCCCAAAGAUAAAGGAGACGAGACCCGAGGUAUUUCCCGAGGCUCAUUUCGUCUUGCAGCCCUCACAAUGGCAAUUUGCAGAUUCUCCUCAAGGUCCCUGUCACACAGGCCCAGUCCCUAGGCCCUGGCAAAGCACGGCUUCUAGGUCAUCACUGCCUGCGCCUAAGUGACUUCUCCAGAAUUGGACGGAGAACCGCCUAGGUUCCACCUAUUUGAUUGGUCAUUAGUUCUGUGGUGAUGCUUGAAAAGCAAAUCAACAAUAGCAAUAAUAACACAAUGUUUAGCGCGUU